AUGCCUGAGACUACCAUUCCUCCUCCGCCCGUCGUGGCACGACCAAGCAAGCCCGUCUCCGAAUCCCUACUGAAUGAGAAGUGGGACCGCUGCCUCUCUUCCCUCCUCAUCCGCUCCAGUCUUGGACUCUCGUUCGGUGUCGUCUUCUCGGUUCUACUAUUCAAGCGGAGGGCAUGGCCUGCGUUGGUUGGGUUGGGUUUUGGCGCGGGACGGGCAUACGAGGAGUGUAAUAGUAGCUUUCUACGGACAAACAAGGAGGGUGUGAGGAUUCAAAGGCCAUGA